AUGGCAUCAAACAGCUCCUAUGCCAUAGGGAUCGACUUAGGGACGGAAAAUACCUGCAGCGCCAUCUUUCGGGAUGAUAAAGCUGAAAUCAUCCCCCACGAUGGCCAGUCCCUCAUGCCAUCGUAUGUCGCCUUCACGGAAACAGGUUGGCUGGUUGGAUCGGCUGCAAAGAGCCAGGCCAGCCUCAAUCCAGAAAACACGAUAUUCGACGCCUUGAGAUUCAUUGGAAUGAAAUAUUCCGACCCUCAAGUCCACAGCAUGAUCAAGGACUUACCGUUUCGCGUGGCGGAGAGGGGCCGCAGGCUUGCGUUUGUUGUCCAUCACCGAGGCACCAAAUUGGGUUUAACUCCGGUUGAGAUAAUAGCCAUGGUCCUCGCCAGAGCCAAAAGAGAUGCUGAGACUUAUCUAGGCAAAGGGCGCCCGGUCAGUCAUGCGGUCAUCACAGUUCCAGCCUAUUUCAGCUUCUGCCAGCGGAAAGCGAUCAGGGAUGCGGCCAUAAUCGCGAAACUCAAUCCUCUCCGUCUGAUCAACGCUCCCAUCACAGCAUGUUCGGACUACGUUGUAACGCAGCGGCUAGCCGGGGAAAGAAAUAUUUUGAUCGCCGAUUUCGGCGCUGGGUCAUUUGCCAUAAGUCUCGCAACUUACGAAGAGGGGAUAUUAGAGGUCAGGGCGGUGUGCGGCGACUCUCUCCUCGGAGGCGAAGAUUUGGACACUCGGCUAGUCCAUUACGUUGUCGACAUCUUCAAGCGAAAAACAGGCUCCGACCCGACCAUUAUUCCUCGAGCACUCCGUCGCCUACGCACCGCAUGCGAGAAGGCGAAGUGUGAGCUGACAUCGCAAGAGCAGACCCGCAUUGAGCUAGACCAGUUGUAUGAAGGACACGAUUUUGCUUGGACGAUCACACGACAGAACUUGGAAGACUGCUGUACCGACUUGUUUCGAAGCUUAUCCCAGCGGGUUGAACGGGCUUUGAAAGACGCCAAGGUGGCGAAAGAGGGGACCCACACAGUGAUCAUAAUCGGGGGCUCAUCGAGGAUACCCAAGAUUCAGAAACUCUUAUACUGGUUCUCAAUGGCAAAGAAAUCUCUAGCGUUGCAUGCGGCCAUUCUCUCUGGGGAUACCUCUUCCAAAUCCAUUCUGGAAUUCAUGCUACUUGAUGUUGCGCCGUUCUCAUUAGACAUCGAGACACCGGGAGGGGUCAUGAGCCCGCUUAUCCCGAGAAACUCGUCUAUUCCUACGAAAAGAUCGAAAACGUACACCACCUCUGAAGAUAAUCAGGAAAGCUUUCCCGUAAGGGUAUUUGAAGGAGAACGCGCACGAACCAAGGAUAACUGGUUCCUGGGCAACAACGUGUGGGUUCACGCCAAGGACAAAGGUGGCAACGGAAAGUAUGGUCGAAUGUUCCUCAUGCAUCCCGAUGGGAUACCAAAGGAAGAACUGGAAAGCAUGAUGACAGAGGCUGAAAGAUUCGACGCUGCUGAUAAGGCUGAAGAAAGGCGCAUUGAGGCGAAAAAUGCCUUAGAAGAGUAUAUAUCCGCCUUGUUGGAUUCACUUGCUUCACAGCCUACAACAGAUGCGGUCAGUCGGAACAUUCGGCUGGCCAACGUGUUGCUUGAGUGGCUCGACGAGAAUCAGGGGGCACAGGCUUCGGAGUACCACAGGCGAUUACUUGGAGCGGCAUGCCCCAGUUGCACACGGUUCUACGAAUUAUAGACCAGCUUGACAAGCUCGAUACAUUCGUGGAGCAAGGCAUUACC